GUGUUGGCGGCCGGCUCCGGGGGGAAAGUGGGACCCAGCGUGCAGUUGUAAAGAAGGCGCGAAAAGAGGCGCAAAGGCGCGUGACAGACCUGCCCUGUGCUUAGCUUCCCAGGACGGUGUUAGCACAGCCAGGAGGAGCAGCUGUUAUCAAGAGCAGCACCAACAAACCUGUGCUUUGGGACAGGACCGAUGGCCUUGAGCCCAGGUUGGAGAGCGUUUACAUCAUUUGCCAUGAACCGCUGUGGUGUCCUACGGAAGGCUGUGAGAAGCAGCGGUUUUCCCUUGUUUCUCUGGGGCCACUGCCCCUGGAGGGGAACCGGAAGCUUCUUGGACCCUGAGAUGAAAGCUUUCCUGGAGGAGAACACUGAAGUCACCAGCCGUGGUAGCCUCACCCCUGAAAUCCAGUUGCGGCUUUUGACCCCCAGAUGCAAGUUCUGGUGGGAAAGAGCUGACCUGUGGCCCCACAGUGAUCCUUACUGGGCAGUCUACUGGCCAGGAGGCCAAGCCCUGUCUAGGUAUAUUUUGGAUAAUCCUGAUGUUGUCAGAGGAAAAUCUGUGUUAGAUAUUGGGAGUGGAUGUGGAGCUACAGCUAUCGCUGCUAAGAUGAGUGGAGCUUUAAGGAUAUUGGCCAAUGACAUAGACCCUAUUGCAGGAAUGGCUAUUACACUAAACUGUGAGUUGAACCAACUGAAUCCUUUUCCCAUUUUAACCAAAAACAUGCUGGAUUUGGAACAAGAUAAGUGGGAUCUUGUUGUGCUUGGAGAUAUGUUUUAUGAUGAAGACCUUGCAGACAGUCUACAUCAAUGGCUGAAAAAUUGCUUUUGGGUCUACAGAACUCGAGUACUGAUUGGUGACCCUGGGCGACCCCAGUUCAGUGGACAUAGCAUUCAGCAUCAACUGCACAAAGUAGCAGAAUAUUCACUUCCAGAGCCUACUAGGCAGGAGAACAAUGGACUGACAACAAGCACGGUGUGGGAAUUUCAGCCUUGAGCUGUUGAAGUACCUCCAAUAUGGAUAUAGCUAUGUUUGGGUUUAACCCUAAAAGACUGUCCAGUUCAAAGAAGGAAAUUUGUGUUAAAUGGUAAAUCUUGUUUCCAAAAUAUGAAGGUCGAAGUUUUGUCACCCUUUGUCAUGUAAUUUGUUCUCCAGUAAGCCAAAUAUAGAAAUCUCUAUCUGUAAUUUUUUUUUCUAGCUUUACUGUUACAGGAAUAUAAUUAUAGAAGGGAAUAUCCACAUGUAAUUUAAGUAGCUGAGAGGAAUUAGAUAUUUUAGCAGAGUCUCUUUCUACAGUUGAGGACAACUGUGAUGUAUCUUUGAAUUAAACAAAAUAAAAAAUACAGAAUACUAUAUUUUAAAAAAUUAUGUUAAGAUCAGAGAUGCAGUUGGUAUGGUACAGAAUACAGUAAGUCCCUACAUACGAAGUUGUGAGCUUUCAAAGAUAUUAAAGUGCCCCUGUAUGCCAGCUGUUGUACUGUACUACCGUACUUUUCAAGGUACUCUACUGUAAGAUGAAAAAUGUUUUAUUUUUUGUUUUUUAUGAUUGUGUGAAAAGUAUUAUAAACCUAUUACAGUAGAGUACUGUAUAGUUGAUUGUGUUAGUUGGGUACCUAGGCUAACUUUGUUGGACCUACGAACCCACUCUCGUAAUGGAGCUCGUUCAUAUGUAGGGGACUUACUUUACAUGGGCUUCGGAGUGAGGCCACUCUGUCACUUUCUAGUUGGGAUUUUGGGCUAGUUAAGCUCUCUGAGCUUUCAUUUCUUCACCUAUAAAAUAGUAAUAAAAUUUAAUAAACUGCACCUCAAAGGGUUAUUAUAAUAAAUGAAAGUAUAAAGUGUGUAAUGGGCUUCCCUGGUGGCGCAGUGGUUGAGAGUCUGCCUGCCGAUGCAGGGGACACGGGUUCGUGCCCUGGUCCGGGAGGAUCCCACAUGCCGUGG